CAGUUUUCUUCAUAUACUGAUAUAACAAAGCCCCUGCAAAAUGGCAUGAUUUUUACUUGCUGUAGGGGUGAUGCUGUGCGAGCAAGAGGAGCCCGGAGCGCUGUGCCCGUACGGGCGGAGAUGCAGGUGUUGCUGACGUCACGCUGCCAGCCGCUAGCUUCGGUUCGCUGUGUGAGUGCGCAGAGCGGGCUGCUGAAACGGCCGUUCCCUGAGUCCCGUUGGCACCAUGGUGGCGAAGCAGAGGAUUCGGAUGGCUAACGAAAAGCAUAGCAAAAACAUCACCCAAAGAGGCAACGUAGCCAAAACCUUGAGGCCACAAGAAGAGAAAUAUCCUGUAGGACCUUGGCUUCUGGCACUGUUUGUUUUUGUUGUCUGUGGAUCAGCAAUUUUUCAAAUAAUCCAGAGCAUCAGAAUGGGGAUGUAAGAAGAUAAUGAUGUUGGACAUUUGGCCUUAUCUAAGAGCAAAACUGUGGAACUGCAUCUAUCUAUACAGAGAUUCUUUUGAAAACCCUUUUUUUUUUAACCAGUCAUCAUACCAAUAUCCCCCUGAAGGGAUACAGACUCUUCAAUAUCCCAAAGGAGUUGUAGCAAUUCCACUUCGAAUAUUGUUAGAUGAUGGAUUAUAGAAGUUCUUGGUUUUUAUAAACUUGGUUUUUCUGCAAAGGCUGCGUCUCCGUAUAUUAUGGGCAAGAGUAGCCCCUUAAAAAUAACUUUAAAAAACCCUUAUUUAAAUAGUAAUCAAUGAUAAAAAUGCACAUACAUUAAAAACACUAUGAAAAUCUCCCAUCAAAAUGUCAUAUUCAAGACUUGCAAUCCCAACAGUAGCCCAUGCAUUGGUGCACUGUUAUUCUAUUAGGCACUUUUAUCCUGCUACUGUCCUACAACAGGCAAAAAUGUUGGUCUGAUGCAUUUCUUUUCUGUUACUCACUUUUUAAAAAAUGUUCUUUUUUCUUUUCUUCUAGUCUGUCUAUCUGUUGCUUCAAUAUGUGAUAUAACCACCACUCAUUUCUUGUAAAGUGCAGGGCUUCCUUGUUCCUUAUGCAUCAAAGCAGGUGCAAAUUGCAAAUCAGAAAAAAGCAUAUAGGUGCAUACGCUUAUGUAAAUUUCUAUUUAAUGGGUGCAAUUCUGUACCUAUUUUAUCAACUGGCAUGUAUAAUGAGAGAUCCAACUUCACAUCCCAGUGAUUUUGGUUUGGAUGUAACCCCUAAAUUGGUUAUAAUAUAUUAUACUCUAUUCAAAUGUUGACUUAUUGUGCCAUGGCUUGGGGGGGCAAAAUCAUGAGAAAUUAGAAGUUUGGUGUACAGUGCUACAAAGAUCUUAAUUUUUACUUAAAUGCAGAUUUCAAGGAGAAUACUCUCUUUAUGAUUUUGUUACUCAAGGUGCUCAGUGGAAAAACUAAACAAAGGCAAAAGGAACACUUGAGGAAGUUGCUAAAGUCAACCAGUUAUCUGGAAUGUAAAAUCAAUAUGAUGGCCAGACUUGGCAAUAAGCCAUUUAACCCUGACAUGAUAAGUCAAGACUGAGCAGGAACCAUAACGUAGGCUGCUCUUGGAAACUAUAACAGAGGCUAAAGCUACAAUGCUGUGGAUAUUAGUACUGCAGUCAAUACUCGUGGAUAGACCUGCAAAUUGUGAGGUAACACACAACUAAAAGCAAAGCAUAAACUUUAUACUGUGAAAAGGGAAGUUAUCCCUUCAGCUGCCAGGCCAUCUUCUAUAGUGACACCAAAGACACUAGAUCAUGUAGAUGACUUAAAUAACUGGCGAUAAUGAUCUAAUCUCUGUGACCUCUGGGUUUUUCUGCAGGUUCCAGACCUGAAUAAGAAGAUUGGCUGUGGGAUAAGCCAGGCCCACAAACCUUUUCUCAACAAUUUGUAAUUGAGAGGGCACUCCUUAGUUUAGCCAAAAGUUCCAAGGAAGUUUGGCAAUAUUGCAUAGUGAAAAUUCAUGCUGUCUCCUCUAAUUAGCCAUCUAAAACUCAAAGGGAGUAUAACAGUAAUCCUGUGGACCAUUAGCACUUAUUAAGGUAAUUAUAACACAUAUAUUGGUCCAGAUAGUCACAAGUAAAUAGAAGAAGCUUAUUUAAACAGCAAAUUCCAAGAGACCAGGUUAUAGGUUUUUUAAUAUUGGCAGAUCACUUUAGCUCCUCUUAUUUAUCUCAUUGUGUGUUAAGGUAAUCUUAAGAUGUGGGCAUGUAUGGGGGAAAAUUCAGGUUGGGGUCUGUUUUGGUACUAAAUCCAUUUUCUGAUGCAAUUAUUCCAGUUAUUGCGUUUACCCUUUCAAGCUAUUUUCUAUCUCAUCCUUUUUUCAUCCUUCUACUUAUAGUUUCUGCCUGAGAGAGCAAAUUAUGCUUUAAACCUGUAUGAAUUGCUCCUCUGUUGAUAAUAUAUCCGGGUGCUUAAGAUCUUGUUGUUUACUGGGGCUAAACGAUAAAGUCAAAAAGACACUUAGUUUAAGCCAUUUAAAACACAGAGUCCUGAUUUAACCUGCUUGUGAGGAACUUUUCUUAUGGGAACAAAAUGUUCAGCUUUUUCCACUUAGUCUUGAGUGGCAACCAAUGGAAGGGAGGUGUGUUUUUUUUCGAAAUGUUUACUCGCUUAGCAUUGGCUGUCGGUCUUCAUUGUAAGAAAAGCAGACCAGAGGGCCUUUUUGUUUAACCUGCAGGGUACAAAAAGGGUAAAACAUAAUCACACAUUAUACAUCUGUAACUGUUAAAAUGAGAGACUGGCCAAGUUUAAGCCCUCUUAUGAUAUGGUUCUUACAGUUAAAAUAUCCUAGGGUUUUUUAACCAAUAAUGGUUUUUAUUUCCCAAAGAAAAUAAAGCAGGUUGCAGCAUUUUAGAUGAUAAACUGUAUAAAGGUCUUUUUUUAUUACUGACAAAUAUGAGUAAGCUGAAAUGGUACAACAGGUUUAUGAAGAAGCUAUUUGAUAAUAGCAGUGCUUGGGAUAUGUGGUGGUUGACACAUGUAAGCGACAGAUAGGAAGUUGCUGCGACAGACAGGAAGUUGCUGCCAGGUAUACAAAGGUCAACAUGCAUCAGAAAAGUCUUGUACAUUGUAGAAUGCAGAAGAUCCCACAUCAAGGAGAGGAUAAAAGCUGGCCAAUUGCAGAACAGGGCAUUGACACAUAGCCUACUCUGGGGGUUGUGAGUCUGGAAACCAUAUUCAUGGGAGAUUUUUGUGUCUUAAUGUAUGUGCAUUUUUAUCAUUGACUGCUAAAUAAAGAUGGGUUUUACACUAGGAUGAAACUUUUAUUCUUUUUAUUCUACCAGGCCUUAUCUAUCACAAUGGAAAAAAUGGUGAGGCAAAGGACAUCUAUAGGAUAUCUAAUGAUACUGUGCCUAAAGAGUUUACUUGGAUGAAUAGACUCUGACAUCACAUUUUGGUGCAUAACAACUAAACUGCUGCUCCAGGAGGGGACUGCUUUAUUUAAUAUAGACUUUUGGCUGUAACAGCUUUAUUUAUCAUUUUUAUUUAAUGUAUUUUUUAAAUAUGGGUGUUGUUUGGAAGAUAAGAUACAUAUGCACUGGGUGAUUCAUGUUUAUGUUGUAAUGUGCUUAUUCAUUUUAAUAAUUAACUAAUUUUUUUGCCUAUUUA